GGCGGGAAAGGCGCUGGGCGCGCGCUGGGUGGGCGCCAGUCCGCAGCAGAUAUGAAGGUCAUCACUUGUGAAAUAGCAUGGCAUAAUAAGGAGCCUGUUUACAGCUUAGAUUUCCAACAUGGAGCUGAUGGGAAGAUCAAUCGGCUGGCAUCAGCAGGUGUGGACACAGCUGUUCGUAUAUGGAAAGUGGAAAAAGGACCAGAUGGAAAAGCAAUUGUGGAAUUCUUGUCCAACCUCACCCGCCAUACUAAAGCAGUAAAUGUUGUGCGCUUCUCUCCAGGUGGUGAGAUCCUAGCAUCUGGAGGAGAUGAUGCUGUUAUUUUAUUGUGGAAGCUGAAUGAUAGCAAAGAAUCAGAACCAUUAGUUUUUCAGGAUGAAGAUGAAGAUCAGCUUAACAAGGAGAACUGGACAGUUGUUAGGACUUUAAGAGGCCACUUAGAAGAUGUCUAUGAUAUUUGUUGGACCUCAGAUGGAAAUUUCAUGGCAUCUUGUUCUGUAGAUAACACAGCUAUCAUGUGGGAUGUCAAUAAAGGACAGAAGGUUUCAAUAUUAAACGAACACAAGAGUUAUGUCCAAGGAAUAACCUGGGAUCCUCUAGGCCAGUACAUUGCAACUCUGAGUUGUGAUAGGGUCCUGCGGGUGUACAAUACACAAACCAAGCGUGUAGCAUUCAAUGUUACCAAGAUGCCAUCUGGAUCGGGAGCUGAAGGAGAGGCCAGGAGCUAUCGGAUGUUUCAUGAUGACAGCAUGAAGUCAUUUUUCCGCAGGCUCAGUUUUACUCCUGAUGGCUCCUAUUUACUCACUCCAGCUGGCUGUGUUGAAUCAGGAGAAAAUGUAACAAACACCACAUAUGUUUUCUCCAGAAACAAUCUUAAAAGGCCUAUGGGUCACCUGCCAUGUCCUGGAAAGGCAACUCUUGCUGUUCGCUGCUGCCCAGUCUACUUUGAGUUGAGAAGAGCCUUUAAUAAAGAUGACAACAAUCAGAAAUCAGCUCCUGCUCUUUUUAAUCUCCCCUAUCGAUUGGUGUUUGCUGUUGCUUCAGAAGAUUCUGUGCUUUUUUAUGAUACUGAACAGUCUUUCCCCUUUGGUUAUGUUUCUAACAUACAUUAUCACACCCUGAGUGACAUCUCAUGGUCCAGUGAUGGAGCCUUUCUUGCUAUUUCUUCCACGGAUGGAUACUGUUCGUUUGUUACCUUUGAGAAGGAUGAACUGGGAAUACCACUGAAAGAGAAGCCACAGAUGAACGUUUGGACUUCUGGUGCAACAGAGAAAAAAGUUAAAAAGAACCAGUCACACAAAGUAAUUUCCCCAGGCUCCAGGCUGACAGAAGAGACUCCUCCCAGGAAGGCCACUGAUGCCAGUACCCCUACCCUCCAACCUAGGACACCCACAGCUACUGGUAAGGACUUGCCUUCCACACCUGUUGGCAUAAAAAAUGUUCCAGUCUCAUCCUCAGAUGAGAGGAAAAUCAGCCAGUCAGCCAGCCAGAGCACUAAAGCAAACCUGCCCAGGAGGAUUUCUCUCAACACUUUACAAACAUGGAGCAAGACACCAAGGAGAAUAAACUUGAUUCCAGUGAAGCCAGGUACACCAGCCUCUACAUAUACAGAUACAGUUCCUAUACCUCCUUCCUCAGAAGAGGAACAUGAGGGGCCAUUACCAUCUGAUGACAGUCAUCAAAAUCCCCCAGCACCUAAACGUCCUAGAACUGAGGAAACGUCUCUUUCUACAUCUGCAGAAGAUCAAAUCAGCUGCAAUUCAAACAAAUAAAGGCUAAGCUUUUAGUAGACUCUUCACAGUCCAAAGGUGAUGCAGGCAUAUCUGAGACUGCAUUUCUUUUUGCAAAUGUUAAAGCUUCAAUUCCUCAUGAAGGUACUACAUGCAUCUUGGACACAGUUCUGUGGAGAAGCUGGCAGUAGAAGACAGGUUUCAGAAAUGUGGCUUUGCAGAAGAGGAAAUAAUUGGCAAGUGACUUCUAAGUGCAUUUCUACUUCUUGAAGACAGCUUUCUUCAAGAAGGGCCACAGCUUAAGGAAACCAGGGAAAUCUGGGUAUUAAAAAGCCAUAGAGUAACCUAAGAGUCUCUGUCGAAGUCCCUAAGUUGACAUUUAAAAAGUAUUAUGUCUUUCAACAACCUGUCUGCAAAAUAAUAGAUUUUCUAAGGACUCAAUCAUAAUGAUUUAAUGAGGUUUAAGAAAUAAAAGGAAAAAGAAAAAAAGAAGCAGUUUUAUUUAAGCAUCUUGGGUUUUAUCGUUAGCAAUGUGCAAAGGAAUUUGUGCUUUCCAGUACAUGUGGAAAGAAGCUGAUGUUCACAUGCUACGAAUGCAGCAGCACACAGUAUGAUGGGUAUGAUUAAAACAGAAAUUGGAACUUGUAAUUCAAGGAACAAGAAAACAAAAAGAAGCAGCCCUCUGAAGACCUUCUGUAAGAACUAAACAGCAGAAGAAAGUUUUUAAUUGUUCAGUUUCUGUAUUUUUUAAAAAAUGCAGACAUGAGAUUUUCCUGAGGCAGCAGGAUUUGAGCAUAUGCAUUAGAAGUUUCACCCUUUUCAUUUUUCAAAAUCUUAAUUCCUUUAGCCAAUAAAAUAUAAUAUCAAUCCUG